UGAGCUGGAACAUGCUCCAGGUUUUAUGAGCCACUCAAUGCAGAUGAUAUCAGAGGGGGGUUAUCUGAGCCUGGAAGCUAAGCUACUUAGGGAAAUCGCAACAUCCACUUAGGACACAUUCCAUGCCUUAGCAGAGCAGCAAGCCAACUGCAGGGAGCCUCUGGUCAUAAGCACAAAGAGGCCAGGAAUUGAACUUCAGCCCAUCAGUGACUUAACUAAGCCAACAAUCCUUACCCAUGGCCUUAACAUCCUGAGUCUGCAUAACAGGUAACCAUGGAAACCCAGCCAAAAGAAACAGAGGAGGGAGAGAAGUCCCCCGAGUACAAGGACCUGCUGCCCAGCCAAACAGCCAGCACCUUGUGCAUCAGCUCACGAAGUGAGUCCACCUGGAAUGCUCCUCACCAGAACAAGUGGGACAUUUACCACAAGCCCGUUAUUGUCAUCUCAGUAGGUGGAGCCGUGUUCCUCUUUGGAGUGGCUCUCACCAGCCUGACCUGCCUCACCGCAGACCAAAGAGGAGGCAUGAACAACACGACCAAGGAGGUGUUCAAACUGUGUGGGCCGGCCUUCCUCUCGCUUGGCCUCAUGCUGCUGGUGUGUGGGCUUGUCUGGAUCCCCAUCAUCCGCAAAAAGCUGAGGCAGAAGCAGAAGUACCACAUCCUCCAGAGCAUUAAGUCCUUCUUCCUCAACCGCUGAAGGCAGCUCUCAAGAUUCGGCCACCAGGCAAAGAGGACUGUGUCGCAGAGGACAGGGCUCUGCCUUUCUCUCCCUGGACCUACAAGGACAGAUCAGCACUGCCCUAAAGGGGAGUUUGCUCCCACCCCCUCCUCUUCUUCGUGUGUACAACGGAUUUCUCCAUCCCCAGGCAGAGACACUGUUGGGUGACACUGCAUCCUUAGCCAGUGAAUAUAUUUUCCAAUAGGAUAUCCAUGCUGAGAGAGUGAAAACUGGCAGAUCAGAUCCCAGAACAGUGGAUUUCUCACACCCGUUAUUGCUUGAAAGGAUAUGCUAUCUGUAUCUUCAAGAGCCUGGUUUUCAGACUGUAUUCACAA